UUUCAGGUGUAUCACAGAUAUAUGUACUUGCUAUGGUUGGUAUUGUGUUUUGUGUUAACUGUCCCUGCAGGGUCUGUGGCACUGCUUUGUCGUAACUGCGGACGUGACAUUGUCGAAGGUUCGAUGCUUAGCAAUGAGAAGAGUGUGAAAGCUAUACGUUCAUAUAACAUGACUAUUUUGGGCCGCAAUCAACUCGUUCAAGUUUUCGAAAAUGCCGUCCCUGAAAAAUUCGAUGUGAUAACCGCUUCAAACGCUGAACUGAAACUUGCAGGUAAGUCUUACUUAGCGGAUACUUGGUGGCCGAAUUAUGAGUGGACCGUUGGUGUGUGCCCUAGCUGCGGUUUCCAUUUGGGAUGGUAUUUCCAAUCGGGUAAUAUCCAAGCAAAAUUACAUAAAUCAUUUUUUGGACUUGUGCUGGAUUACUUAAUCAGUGAAGAAUAUGUUGAUUUAUUGACGUGGGUACCAUAGCUUCUGAAGCGAGUGACGUGUGACGUCAGCGUUUAUUACCAGUGUAACGUAUAAUUCGAUGCGUCAUAAAGUUUCUUUAGCCAUUUGUUUCUUUAGUGUUUUUUUUAAACUCAUUAGUUGCUGAGUUAUAAAGCUUCAAAGCAUUAAAUUUUCCUCUUGACCUGCUUUCAUAUUUGCUUAGUUUGAUUUAUAGUCAGUUUAGUCAAUUUAGUUUUUUUUU